AUGAAGCUCAAUCCGGACAAGUGCGUAUUCGGGGUCACCGGAGGAAAGUGUCUCGGCUUCUUGGUAGACGAACGGGGCAUCGAGGCAAAUCCAGAUAAAAUUCAUGCCAUUCAAAACAUGAGAUCCCCCACCUCCGUAAAAGAAGUACAAAAGCUCACCGAAGCUGCUCUAGGAAGAUUCCUUUCAAAGCCCGCGGACAAAUGCUUGCCUUUCUUCAAAACGAUAAAGCAACAGAAAUUCGAAUGGACCGCGGAAGCAGAAGAGUCUUUCCGUCAGCUUAAGGAGCACCUAUCGGCCUUGCCAAAACUAGUUUCGCCCAUCAACAGGGAAGAGCUAGUCUUAUAUGUCUCUGUCUCCGAGUACUCGUUAUCCGGAGUGCUUGUAGCGGAAAGGGAAAAGAAGCAGCUCCCAAUAUACUAUGUGAGUCAUGCAUUCCGUGGCUCGGAAGGAAACUAUUGCGAAGUGGAAAAGGUCAUAUUUGCGAUAGUAAUGGCCAGCAGGAAAUUGAAGCCAUACUUUCAGUCCAACCCGGCAAACCAGCUAGCAGAUUUCGGCAUAGAGUACGAACCUCGAACAGCAAUUAAAGCACAAGCUUUGGCCGACUUUAUUGCUGAAAGCACUUCCCCCCCUCUUGCUGCACUUAAUCAAGAAUGGAAAUUAUAUGUAGACGGGUCUUCAACACAAUCGGCGAGUGGGGCCGGGCUCCUCAUUGUGUCUUCCGCCGGGGUCCGCAUGGAAAGGGCGGUCAGAUUCGAGUUCGCAGCAUCCAACAAUAAGGCCGAGUACGAAGCAUUACUGAUGGGGCUGAAAAUCUGCUAUGAGUCAGGGGCUAAAGAGUUGGCCGCAUUCUCGGACUCCCAAUUAAUAGUAGGGCAAGUAAACGGGGAAUUCGAGGCUAAAGAUGAUAGCAUGAAAAUGUACCUGCAGCAAGUCAAGGACUUUGUUCCAAAGUUCGAUAAUUUCACGUUGGAACACAUUCCGCGAUCCCAAAAUGCCCAAGCCGAUUUCCUAGCAAAACUUGCCAGCUCCGCAGAAAGUUCCGCGGCUCGUGAUAUAAUUUGGGAGGUGCUUCCUAACCCCAGCAUCAACUUCAUGAUCAAUACCAUCGACAGAUCUGAAACAUGGAUGGGGCCAUACGUUAAGUACUUGCAAGAUCAAACGCUCCCCCAGGACGAGAAUCAGGCCAAAAUGCUCCAGAAGAAGGCCAAAUGGUUCGAACUUCACGAAGGAACACUUUAUAAAAAGUCAUACACACAUCCCCUUCUGAAAUGUGUUGCUCAUGAAGAAGGAAAUUAUAUCCUACGCGAAAUACACGAAGGUGGAUGCGGAAUACACCAGGGAGUGCGAACUAUCAUUAGCAAAGUCCUUAGGAGUGGUUAUUAUUGGCCUUCACUCCAGAAAGACGCGGAAGAGUUGAUCCUACGGUGUCCUGAAUGUCAGUAUCACUCAAAGAUAGGGAGGAAACCCUCUAAUUACUUGACCGUCUUACAAGCCGUCCUGCCAUUCGACAAGUGGGGUAUGGAUCUCCUUGGCCCUUUUCCACCAGCAAAGGGGCAGCGCAAGUUCAUCAUUGUGGCCAUUGAUUACUUUACUAAGUACGUAGAAGCAGAGGCUCUUAGUUCGAUCACAGACAAGCAAGUCUGUCAGUUUUUAUGGCGGAACAUCAUCACAAGAUACGGCAUACCGCGGGUGAUCAUUACGGAUAAUGGAAGGCAAUUCGUCAGCAAGAACACCAUCGAGUAUUGCGACAAAUUCCACAUCCAAAUUAGAUUUAGUUCUGUGUCCAGGCCGCAAACUAAUGGUCAAGUCGAGUCCGCCAACAAGGAGAUACUAAAUGGUAUCAAAAAGAAGAUAGAAGGGGUCAAGGGCAAUUGGGAUGAAGAACUACCCAGAAUCUUAUGGGCCAGUCGAACCACCGUAAAAGAAGCCACGGGGCACACACCGUUCUCUUUAGUGUACAGGCCCGAAGCCGUACUUCCAGUGGAAAUAGGAGUACCCUCUACAAGGGUCACCUACUACUCAUACGACGAGAACGAAGAUGGAAAAAGAGCAAACUUAGACCUACUUCCAGAGACCAGAGGAAAUGCACUAUUGAGAUCGAUGGCCCAAAAGCAGAAGAUGAUUCGUAGCUUCAACCGCCAUGUGAAAACAAGACGUAUUCAGGUCAAUGAUCUCGUCCUCCGUAAAGUCGAAGCUACUGGGAAGAUUGUUUAA